CAGUCGCUCUUUCGUCGUCACUAUUCUGUGGAGAGGAGCUGUUCUUUCAGCUGCGGCACCACCGUUACUCAGUGAAGUUGAAUGAUGGAGAAAAUGAGCAAGAGGAAACCGCUAGUGUUUUUUGAUGUCUCGGUUGAUGGAGAUCCUUUAGAGAGGAUGGUUUUUGAGCUCUUCACUGAUGUUGCUCCCAGGACUGCUGAAAACUUCCGUGCACUUUGUACCGGAGAGAAAGGCGCCAGCCUUAAAACUGGGAGGCCACUACACUAUAAAGGGACCUUUUUCCAUCGCAUUAUCAAAGGAUAUGUGGCUCAGGGAGGGGACUUCCUUCGGCGAGAUGGUAAACAUGGAGAAAGUAUAUACGGUGGAAAGUUUCCAGAGGAGUCUCCUAAACUGAAACAUGAUAGCCCUGGGCUGUUAUCUAUGGCAAUUGCCGAUCGUGGUGAACGAGGCUCUCUGUUCAGUAUCACCUUUGAGGCUGAUCACAAUCUUGAUAGGAAAAAUAUUGUCUUCGGUAAACUUGUGGAGGGAGAGGAAGUGUUGAAAAAGAUUGAAAAUGCUGGAGAUAAGGAGGGGAGACCUGUUGUGUUGGUGAAAAUAGUUAAUUCUGGAGAAAUAAAUGACGAUGCACAUAAGGGUAAUAAGCUUAAGUUGGGGAAGGACGCAAUAGAGGAAAAUAAUCAUGCACUGAAACGCAAAGGGAAGCACAAGAAAACUUCAAAGAAGAGGAGAAAAAGAAGAAGAAGAUAUUACACAUCCGAAUCUGAAAGUUCAACAGAUACUGAUACAGACUCCUCUGAAUCUGAUACUGAUUCUGACUCAGAUACUUCCUCGUUGAGUGACACUAGUUCUUCAGGUGAUGACAGGCGUAAGAGGCGGAAAAGAUCUAAGAGGGACAAACAUAGGCAUGGGAAAAGGAAGAAUAGACGGCAUGAAAAACGCCGUAAGAGGCGUGAUAAGAAGUCAAAACAUAAAUCGAAAAGGAAUAUUGUCUCCGAUAGUGAAAGUGAGGGUAAAACUGGAGGUAUCUCUCAAAAUGAUAUUGCAGUUGCUGAUGCUGAUGUGAAGCAUACAAUUUCUGGUAGAUACUUAUUAGCCUUUGAAGCUGAGCAAGAAUUUGCAAAGACUAAUGAUAAGAAAUGGGAGGGAGCUGACAUCUCCGAGAGAGAAGAUGGUGAGUUCCCGAGGGAAAAUGGAGAUCAUCAGAGUAAUGGUAUUGGUCAGGGAAUAGACUCCGAACAAAGUGCUGGUAGACACCAUUACAAACGUCCAAGUAAAUCCAGGAGUCGAAGCAUAAGCCCUGUAAGAACGAGUACUAGUCCUAGGACUGCUGUCAGAAGUCCAAGUCCAAGUGUUAGCAGAAGCCCACAGCAGAUCUCUGACAGAAGCAGGAGCAAUACUCCAAUUAGGAGUGGGGGCAGCAUAAGCCCCCGCCCUCGCCCCCACCCCCCAGUUAGGUCUCUUUCUCAACGAAGCCGUAGUAGAAGUGCUACUGUUUCUCCUCCUAGAAGAAGACUUACUCGAAGCCCGCCAAGAACUUCGUCCAAGAGGUCAUCGCUGAGGUCAGCUAGCCGCAGUCCCGUGAGAUCCUCUCGAAGGAGCAUAAGCAGAAGUCCAGUUAGGGCACCCCUUAGGAGAAGUCCAAGUCAAAGUCCAAAUCCAAGUCCAAUAAGGGCACCUUCUAGACGAACUAACCGCCCCAGCCACUCGAACAGUCCUGUAAGUGCAGGCCGUAGGGCAAGGUCACCUGUUUCAAGAAGUCCUUCGGUUGAUGGAUCACCUAAGCGCGUUAGAAGAGGAAGAGGUUUCAGUGAUCGAUUCUCUUUCGUUAGGCGGUACAGGAGUCGCUCCCCUGAUCGUUCUCCUGUAAGGCCGAAUCGCUAUGGUGCUCGAAAUGACCGCGACCGAUACUCGAGUUACAGAAGAUCCCCUAGGCGUUACAGGAGCCCACCUCGUGGAAGAACUCCUCCAAGAUACCGGGGGAGGAGAAGUAGGAGCCGCAGUCCUAGUGUAUCCCGUAGUCCAAUACGCAUUCGUGGCCGACGCUACAGCAAGAGUCCGAUUCGCAGUCGAUCUCCGGUAAGGCGCAGGUCACCACCUUCUAGAAGCAGGAGCCUGUCUAAAUCACCAUCUCCGAGGCAUUCAGGCAAAGUCAACCCAAAGUCUUCACCAUCUGCUAGUGCUAGUCCACCUCGUAAGACAGGUCUCGUCUCCUAUGGAAAUGGCUCACCUGAUUCUAGUCGGGAUUAAAAAAUAACGAUAAUAAUGGUUUUUAAAUUUAAUGAUACUGUUUCUUUUGAUGUAUUGUGAUCUAGAGAUUACUUUAUCUGAGUAUUGCUAAGUUCUUUGGUGAUAUUGAUUUCUCCGUGUUGGCUUAUUUUAUGAUUAUGUCUGUAUGUGUAUGUGACAAUCGUGUUCGAGGCAUUAAUCGGUAGUCUUUCGUGUUCGAUUUUUUUCUUCCA